AUGUUUGUAGCCCAGCUACCUUCUGAGGACUCAAGACCUGUGCUGAAAAGGGCUAGAGUGGAAAACCAGCCAGCGAUGAGUUUCUCUAAGGAGGACAAGGUGGGAACCAUACAACUACAUGAUAAUGCCUUGGUGGUCACCCUUAAGAUAUGGGGGUUUGAUGUUAAGAGGGUGAUGAUGGAUCAAGACAGUGGAGUAGAGAUUAUGUAUCCCAAUUUAUACAACGAGCUGGGCUUGAAACUUGAGAUAGCUUAUGAUUCGCCUCUGGUAAGCUUUGACAAGAAAAUUGUUAUUCCUAAGGGCCAAAUUCGACUGCUCGUACAAGCAAGAUUAGAGGUGAUAGAGGUGAAUUUCAUUAUAGUGGAUGCCUAUUCUCCCUACACGGUCAUUGUGGCAAAACCUUGGUUUCAUACCCUGGGAGCCGUUUCCUCCACUCUGCAUUUGAAGGUAAAAUAUUUGUUUGGGGACCAGAUUAAGAAGCUGGUUAGGACCCAAUCUAUGGCAAGGCAGUGCUUGAUCGCUGCAAUAACGCAUCAGCUAGGAGUGGAGUCAUCAACCUCUACUGAGAGGAGCUUAUAG